AUGGGAAGCAAGAUGUUGGUGGCUGCAGUGGCGCUUCUGCUGGGCCAGGCACAGGCAGUGCCAGGCCACGCGCAGGAGCACCUCGUGCGAGUGACAACUUCUGAGACGGUGUUUGCGGGCGAAUUGGCCAAUAUUCACCUGAAAUGGCAAAGCAGCCCUCCUCCGGUCAUCAAGGCUGUUUAUGCGUCGUGCCGCAACCCCAACAGCACCAUUGCCGAAGAACUCAUUGGCCAGUACAAUAUCGAACAUCAGCCUCCUCAGCGUCUGGCGUGGGCGGUGCCAAAGAACGCCCACCUAGACCACUGCGUCUAUGUGUAUGGCAGCUCGCAACAUUCAGACACCGAGCAGGUGAUCGGUAAAAGUCGACCUGUGCAUCUCCAACGAAAGGUCAAGAAAAGAUCCGCGGCCGACAUCGACAACCCGCUUCUGCAAAACUUCGACGCUCUGGGAACCUGGUUCGACGGCGUGGCUGCUAUCAAGCAGAAGACGAAUAGCCAUGGAGGCGUGUCGUCGGGGGCGUCCCCAAAGAAUGCUUCGAUUGCGAUCGUGGGAGGUGGCAUCUCGGGCCUAGCCACCGCGCUGAUGCUCGACAGCGUCGGCAUUCACAACUGGGAGAUCAUCGAAGCCAGCGAGCGAGUGGGCGGCCGGUUCCGAACUAAAUACAUGGCCAACACUCAAGAAUGGGCGGAGAUGGGCCCGAUGCGACUGCCUCACUCGGUCACGUACAAAGACGACAAUGAGACCCUGCCCUAUACCGACCACCAGAUGGUCUUCCAGAUGGCCGAGAUCUUGAACGAGAUGAACGGCAAUGACUCGCAGUGGAAAAUCAAUUUCAUUCCCUGGAUUCAGCACCACCCCAAUGAGUUGAUUGCCCAAGGCACGCGCCGACACCCAGACGGCCGCAUUCCAACACGAGGCGAGAUCGAGGCCGAUCCCAGUUUGAACGAUGCCCCCGCCAUGACGAGCACAGAGUACGAGAGUACGAAGCAGAAAAUGGACAAUAUCAUGAAGAACGAAACUACCCUCAAGUCCAUCCAGAAGGAUGUCUGGCAAGCCCACAAGAUUGCCAUGGACGAAGGUCUAGAUGACUGGAGCGAACAGGCCAUGAUGCGGCACGUCUUCAAGGCCAGUGAAAAUGUGACCGACCAGAUCUGGACCGAUUCCGACUACGACGUAUUCUGGGAUGAGAUGCAUCACAAUUCUAACCUUGGUCUGGAUGGCAGCAGCGAAUCCCUGGGCGAGACGCACUGGCUUUGCAUUGAUGGGGGUUUCGGCCGAUUUUCCGAUGCUUUCCUGCCUCACGUCAAGAACAGACUCGUCCUCAACCGGCAGAUCCGCAAGUUGGAAUCUAUCCAGGGUCAAAAUAGCGCCCUGCGCACUCGUCUGUCGUGGUAUCCAAGUGUCACCAACCGUACAUUCGAGUCCAAGGAGUACGACUAUACGAUCAUGGCAGCCCCAUUCACCAUGACCCGCUUCAUGGACCUGCCCACCUUCUCAUCCGUCCUGGGGCGCGCGAUCAGUGAAGCCGGCGUCCGGUUCAAGUCUGCAUGCAAAGUCGCUCUGCUAUUUUCCGAACGCUUCUGGGAGAAAGGCGACAAGCCGAUUUUUGGCGGAUACUCGAAGCCACCCAGCGAUCCGAUCGGAGCCCUCUACUAUCCGGUAUACGGACUCAACGAGUCACGGCCUGGCUUGAUUAUGCACUACCGCGGAGGAGAUUGGAGCGACCGCUUCGUCAGUUUCUCCGACGAGGAGCAUGUCCAAACUGUUCUCGACUCGAUCGUCUCGCUCCAUGGAGAACAUGUCCGCGAUCUCUACACGGGCGACUACGAGCGACUCUGCUGGCUUCAAGACCAGCACACCGCGACGGCGUGGUGCCGACCCGACGUGGAACAACACAAGCUGUACAUUCCAGCCUACCACAAGACAGAGCAUAACACCAUCUUCAUCGGCGAGCAUACCGCUCCCACACAUGCUUGGGUCAGCUCUUCCCUUCACUCUUCUGUGCGUGGAUCGGUGCAAUUGCUGUUGGAGUUGGGGUUGGUGGACGAGGCCAAGGAACUAAACAAGCGGUGGAUGGGCCGGUGGAUCAAGCUCUGA